GAGGCCUUGGCAUUGUUAUAGAAAUAAAGCCUCCGCUUAGAAAACGUGCGUAAUGUUAUGAAACGAAAAAACCUUCAGUUUAGUUUUGACUUAGACUCUGUAAAGUCAAUUUUAUCGAAAGAUGAAACUUUUAUUUUAUUUGGGAUUAGUCACAAUUUCUUUCGCAAUUUGUGAAUGUUUGCGAUGUUAUAAUUGCUAUCAUGGCUUUAAAUUAAGCUAUGAUCAAAUUUAUGAACUAGGAAAUGAACAUAAAAUACAUACUCCAAAUAGUGACAGAUGUGUUAUUAAUAACGGAGAAAUCACAGGUCCAAUUUGUGAAACUUCAAAUCAAUGCGUCGAUAUGAUUGUGGAUAUAAAUGAAGAGAAGACUGUUUAUCAUUUUUGUUCAAACGUUGAAUAUCCAUUUGAAGGGAAUUUAAUUCAAGUUUCCGGAAAUGAAAUUAUGAAAGUAUCUUAUAAACAUUGUUUAAAUGAUUUGUGUAAUGGCGCAUCUUCAAUAUUUACAAUUACAUCAUUAGCGUUUAUCUCAGUAUUAUCAUUAUUAUUAUUAUUAUUAUUCUCAUAAAAUAUGAUUGCAAUUUUUGUAAUUUUUUUCGCUUUAAUUUUUUAAUUUUAUUAAUAAUUUUCUUUUUUGUAUCUCUUGAUAUGUAAAUGAAAAUAGUAAAAAUGUAGAUAGAAAAAAAACAUCGAAAAUUGUAUAAUUUUUUUUUAAGUAUAUAUUUUUCACGAUUCUUUUACUUUUUGUAAAAAAAAAAAAAAAAAAUUACUAUUUUAAUUAAAAUGGUUUUAAAAAAUUUUAUUAUAAAGGAAGCAAUUCAUGU